AUGUCAACUCCGCAGCUGUUGGAACGCGCGAGGGGGACGUCGCUCCUUCUCGCCUCGGAGGCGCAUCUCCCGCAGGAGGAGGUGAGUGCCGCCUUCGAGGCCAUCCGCGCCACGGAGGCGGGCUACGAGGUGUUGUACACCGUCACUGUCGGCGACAACCGCGACCGGCAGCGGGUGCUUCUCUGCCACGACGCCAAUGAGGCAAAAAAAGUUCAAGACUCCCUUGACGACGCCCGCUUUGACGUCUACGCGCUGCGGAGGCAAGGCGACCCGGCGAGGUUCGAGCCGCGGCGGUCGGGGCCCUCGUUGGUGCCUUCCGCCGCCGUUGUGCGGCGGGAGUACCGCGUGGUGACGCGAGAAGAGGCGGCCUCCCGUGUCGAGGGCGGCGGCGGCGGGGGGGCGCAGGCGUCGCCGCAGAUGGCGGCUGCCUCCCCGAAGGGCACUGCGGGGCUGACGGGGCGGGAGGAGGAGGCGACGACGGCGAAGCCCGCAGCCGCCGCCCUCGACACGGGAGCUGUGGAGACCAAGCCGCCAAAGCCGGAGCCGUUGCGCGAGUCCCAGCAGCCAAACGCAACGAGUUCGGAGAAGCUCCUGAAGAAAACGCUCAGUGGUGGCAAACGCACCCGAGCGGCGGAGGGCACGAAAAAGGAGGCCGAGGCAAAGCCGAAGAAGCGCCGCGUCACAAGUAGAAAGAGUGGGAGCGGCGAAGAGACCCAAAGCCUCAGGGAGUUGGCCAGGGCGUCCGCGAAGAAACGAAAGAUAACAGCGGGGUUUUGA